AUGAAGAUUGAAGAACAGAACAAUAUGGUUCAGCUGCCAGGUACAUUACUUUUUAAUUUUACAGAGAUUAAUGCUAAUGCUUUACCCUAUGAUUACACGGCUUCAAUUGAGUGCUUGACAAGCCCUCAUGAACCUCAAUAUCAUGGAGGAAUAGUUACUAAUCCAGAAUUGAAUGAUGGACUGAAGGGAUGGUCUACAUUUGGAAAUGCAAAAAUAGAGCACAGAGAAUUGGGAGGCAACAAAUUCAUUGUUGCUCAUACCAGAGCUAAUCCAUAUGACAGUGUCUCUCAAAAUCUUUAUUUGCGGAAGAACAGGCUCUACACUUUUUCUGCUUGGAUACAAGUUAGUGAAGGAAGUGUUCCAGUAAUUGGAGUUUUCAAAACAAAAAAAGGGUUCAAACAUGCUGGUGCUGUUGCUGCUCAGUCCAAUUGCUGGUCCAUGCUUAAAGGUGGCCUCACUGUAGGUACCUCAGGCCCUGCUCAACUCUAUUUUGAGAGUAAGAACACAUCAGUUGAGAUAUGGGUGGAUAGCAUCUCAUUACAACCCUUCACUGUAGAACAAUGGAAAUCUCAUCAAGAUCAAAGCAUUGAAAAGACUCGCAAGGCAAAGGUGAAAAUCCAAGCUGCAGAUAAGCAAGGAAAUCCUUUAUCCAACGCUAAAAUCUCUAUAGAACAAAAGAAAGCAGGCUUUCCAUUUGGCUGUGCUAUAAACAAGAAUAUCCUGUCCAAUCCUGCCUAUCAAAACUGGUUCACUUCAAGAUUCAAAUUUACAGUAUUCGAGGAUGAGAUGAAGUGGUAUAGUACUGAACAAACCUAUGGAAAUGUAGAUUAUUCCAUUCCUGACGCCAUGAUUCAAUUUGCUAAGCAAAACAACAUAUCAGUCCGCGGCCACAAUGUUUUCUGGGAUGAUCCUAAGUAUCAACCAGGAUGGUUGAAUUCGCUUUCGCCAAGCGAUUUUAAGAGGGCUUCCAUGCGUAGACUAAAAUCCAUUAUGUUGAGAUACAAAGGCAAAGUUAUUGCUUGGGAUGUUGUCAACGAGAACAUGCAUUUUAGUUUCUUUGAGAGUAAGUUAGGUCAAAAUGCUUCUGCAGUUCUUUAUAAGAUGGCUCAAAAAGUUGAUGGCAAUGCUACGUUGUUUUUGAAUGAGUUUAAUACUAUUGAAGAUAGCAGGGAUGAUGCUUCUUCGCGGACAAAGUACCUAAAAACACUGAAAGAAAUCAAGGGGUAUCCUGGAAAUGAAAAUUUAAAGUUAGGAAUUGGACUUGAGUCACAUUUCAACACUCCAAAUCUUCCUUACAUGAGAGCUUCUAUUGAUAUUCUUGCUGCAGCAAAUUUGCCUAUUUGGCUCACAGAAGUAGAUGUCGAAAGCAGCCCUAAUCAGGCACAGUACUUGGAGGAGGUUCUUAGGGAGGCACACGGUCAUCCGAAAGUCACCGGAAUUAUACUAUGGUCGGCAUGGAAACCAGAAGGAUGUUAUAGGAUGUGUCUAACAGAUCACAAUUUCAAGAACUUGCCAACCGGUGAUGUUGUAGACAAGCUAAUGGGUGAAUGGUUUGGGAUUGAGUCCUCAUCUGGCAUGGCAGAUGCCAAUGGCUUCUUUGAGAUUUCCCUAUCUCAUGGAGAGUACCUUGUGAAGAUACAUCACCAAGCUUCGAAUUCUUCCUUUGAUCAAAUGAUUGUAUUGGCCUCAAGUGAUGAUAAAAAAUUACCAUGUGAUAAUGCAUCAUCGAGCUUUAACAUGUAAUUGUAUAAGACAAAACAAAGAGUUUGUAUUA